AAUCGUUGAAUAGCAUUCAGCUGCCGGGACCAGCACUUCAAAACGAUAUAUUUGCUAUUUUGUUGCGUUUCCGUCAAUACAAGUACGUUGCUUGUGCUGACGUGGAGAAAAUGUUUCGGCAGGUUUUGAUCCAACCAGAUCAGAGAUCCUUGCAAAUGAUCCUCUGGCGUGAAAAACCUACCGAUCCAUUACACGUUUAUGAACUCAAUACGGUUACAUAUGGGCAAACUAGUGCGCCAUAUUUAAGUCAACGUUGUAUACGACAGUUAGCGUCGGAAUGUGGUGAUGACGUCAUCGCGCGCGUUAUCAACCAAGAUAUAUUCGUAGACGAUUUAAUUACGGGAGAUGAUGAUUUCCAAAAUUUACUUUACAUAUGUCAAAAAACGUAUAACGUUCUGCAAUCAGGAUGCUUUCCUUUACGUAAAUGGACUUUUAAUUGUGACGUUACGCAGGACAAGUCCAAGGAGCAUUUUGUUGGUGAGCACACCCAGAACAAAACUCUCGGAGUAGGUUGGGAUAAUACGCGCGAUGAAUUGUAUUAUACUACAAAAAUCGAUCCCUUGCCUAACUCGUCGUACCUAAAUAAACGAAUAAUGUUAUCGAUUAUUUCACAGAUUUACGAUCCGUUAGGUCUACUUUCUCCUGCAGUAAUAAUUUCCAAAAUUUUGCUGCAAAGAUUAUGGUUGAGUCGUAUCGAUUGGGACACCCCUGUCCCAGAAGACAUUACAUCAAUGUGGAAUAAUUUCAUAAAUACAUUGAGCCGUUUAAACGAUUUACGGAUUCCGCGUCAUGUAAGGGGUGUACACACUGGUCAUACGGAAUUGCAUAUUUUCUCAGAUGCAUCGUUGCAUGCUUACGGCGCGUGCGCUUAUAUUCGGACAUAUGAUGAAGGGUCAGAUGUAACUGUCAGAUUACUUUGUGCUAAGAGUAAAGUCUCACCCCUGAAAUCUCUAACUACCCCGAAACUUGAACUUUCAGGUGCGCUCGUUGCUGCUAAACUUUAUAAGAAAAUAACCGAUUCCUUAAGGUUAGCGUUCACAAAGGUUUUCUUCUGGUGUGACUCAACUAUAGUAAUUUCGUGGCUAGGCAUGUCUCCGCAUUUGUUGAAGCCUUUUGUUCAAAAUCGCGUUACGCAAAUAAACGAUCUCACCGGUAAUGCGACAUGGUUGCAUGUGAGAAGCGAAGACAACCCUAGUGAUUUAUUGUCUAGAGGCGUUACUUUAGAUAAUUUAAUAGAUUGUAACUUAUGGUGGUUCGGACCAUCAUUUUUGCAUGACUCAAAAUCGGAUUUUAUUCAUGACAAUACGAGUAAAAAUACGGCAAUCGAAGAUUUACCCGAGUUACGAUCGACCGCGGUAAGUUUAGUUUGCAAUCAGCAAGAUGAACUAUUUAAUUUUGAUAGAUGUUCAUCUUACAGUAAAUUAAUUAGAAUCGGCGCGUAUGUACUCCGCUUUAUAUUGAACUCACGUCUUAACUCUGAGCGUAAACAACUCUGCCAAACCGGUUCGUUAUCGGUGGACGAGUUGAGUGCAUCACGUCUUAUGCUAGUUAGAUUCGCACAGAUGCAAUCGUUUCCGGACGUCUACGAUUGUUUACUUAAAAAUAAACCGAUUAAGACUAAUAGUAAACAAUAUAAUCGUAUAUCCGGUCUUAACGUGUUUUUAGACGAUCAAAAUAAGUUAAAAGUGAUUAGAGUCGGUGGUAGAUUGUGUAAUUCUACAAGUUUCGAUUACAACAAAAAACAUCCCAUGUUAUUGUGCAGUAAACAUAAGUUAACGGUGUUGUUAUUCAAAUACGAACACAAGCGGCUGUUACAUGCCGGACCGCAGCUACUCUUAUCUACUUUGCGUGAAUGUUGGUGGCCUUUAGGUGCUCGAAAUUUGGCAAGAAAAAUAGUUCGAGAAUGCGUUACCUGUAUUCGAAUGAAAGAUCCUACUGAUCUAUCCCCACUCACGCCUGCCCAUUUCCUAAUUGGUCGGCCGUUGACCUGCCCUGCUAGCGAGGACCUGACGGAUGUGCAGCCUUCCCGCCUGUCUCGCUACGCCAGGAUCGAAGCCCUACGUCAACACUUCUGGCGGCGUUGGUCCACGGAGUACGUUGCGGAGCUCCAGCGGCGAACCAAAUGGAAGACGCAGAAAGACGACAUAGCGUUAAACAGUCUCGUUCUAAUCAAAGACGAUAACCUGCCUCCUCUCAAAUGGCGGUUAGGCCGAGUUACGCGUCUAUACCCUGGGAGCGAUGGCGUGAACCGUGUCGCCGACAUUCUCACGGCGACAGGAACAAUACGACGCAGCUUUUCAAAGAUCUGCCCGCUACUACCAGAGCCGGCAGACCUAGACGGAUGAAGACUACUUUGGGAGAUGGUGCUCCCAAGGCCGGGGGCAUGUUCACGCACCUUCUAGCGACACCUAGCGGCGCUGCGACGACAACUGCUGCUGCGCCCCUCCGCGCUCAUCUUGUCUCGUUCAUUAGCCUCGAUAUACGGCACGA